UCCUGGCAUCAGCUGAUUUUUGUCAAAACUCUGAAAUUUUUAUUAUCUCAUGGCCUUUUGUUAAUCCGCAAUAUCAUCACUGCUCCCUGUAUUUGUAAUCCUUCAUAAACAACAACCAUGUUUAAAAGAGCAAACCGCUAGUUCGCUCACAAUACCCAGUGUCUUCUAUAUCAAUUGGCCCAAAUGUUGUACUUUUCCGGAAGUGAAUCACACAAUGAGUGAAUUAGUCACCUCACAAAAUCGACAAUAAUCUUCCUCAAGUGAUGGGUUCAUGUUUUGGACGAUGCCGCUUUAGCUAUAGGGGUCGAAAUGUCAAUGAAAAUGGAUUGGAGGAGAAUCUAGUGGAGGAGAAUAAAUCUAAAGAUGGGCAUAUUUUCAAUAUAUUAAAAUUCAAACAGAGGAAGCACUCAAAAUUCAUGGAAAAAUUCAUGAAGCAACAGCAGCAGCAGGGAGAUACGUCCAAUAACUACAAGUUACUCAAUCGAGAGGAUGGGCCAAGCAAUCAACCAAAAAACUUCACAAAUAUUCAACUUCAGUGUCUCGAUGCCCAUUCUCUGCUUUUAUCAUCUCGAUCUGGAGUACCUGGAUUUCGUCCAGAUCUCUAUGUCAGCCUAAAUUCAUCCCCUGGUGGGUCAUCUUUGGACCUCGAAUGGGAACAUGAAUAUGCGACAAACAAUCGUCACAAUCCAUGGACAAGUCUUCCAGAAAAUGGCGCAAUGGAGGAAUUGUCCAGUGACGAAGAACACACUUCGUCAUCCGGGAAUUCCAAUAGAAAGCAACCAAAUCAAAAAUCAUGCAAAAACAUUAGGGUAUCAUCGAGAUUUAAUGGUUCCAAGAACCGUAGCAUUCAUUCUGCCACAAAUACAUGGUCCCAUAUAUCAACUCCAGAAUCCUUAGAAUGGGAUCAGGAUGAUGACCAAGACCUAAAGUCAGAGGACUCUUUGGACCAGGAAACUAGGGAUUUGCUCUUCCAGAUUGAACAACUCAAGAACCGAGUGCUCAAUGAAACUGGCCACUUUGAAUACGGUUCCAAUGAUGUCGAAAGCUGACUGUAACUUUAAAAUCCCAUCCAACAUCAUCCAGCCUCAUAUCGAUCAUCGAGAAUAAGGGUAGAUUCAUACAUUAUUUUGAAGCUUUAUGUCUCCUAAGACAUUAUUUUUAACUUACUAUCGAAUUUACGCUACUACCCCAAACACUACCCUUAUCAUGUUGAAAACGAUCGAUCGAAAGCCUCUCCAUCCAUAGCAAUGAGAGUGAAGUGCCUGCCUGAUGACUUAUGUGAAUUUACUUGGGCUAACAUCCAUCAUUCAUUGUAAAAUCGUAACAUCUAUAAAACUCCUGUUUUAAGUUUGCCUUAAGACAUAUCCCUGUAUCAGAUACAUCAUUAGAAUUUAAGGGGCCUUUAGUUUACUCCGUAAAAAUGGUAUAAGCAUUAUGUUUUUAGUUCAAUUUGUAAUGAUAAAAUAAUUCCUCAUAUCAGUAGUAAAAUUCUCUAUAUAGAAAUAUGUAUAUUUAUUAAGUGUUUAAAACGUAAUAAAAAAGU